AAUGGUUGAAUGUUUUCACGAAAAACGGCGUUCACCCCUUUGGGGCUUUUCUAUUUAUAGCAUCAGCUGUUGCAAUACAAAGAUUAGCUACUCAACGUAUUGUUUCGCAGAUGUGGAGAGCACACUCCCGUCUGUGGCGAAAGGGCGGCGGUGGCUUGAAGGAGAGAAGGAGAGAGAUGAGGAGGAAUAUGUCGGUGUGAGGGCAUUUUUCUUUGUGUUCACAGACAGCGGAGCUCAUAUCGUCCUCCAUUACAACCAGGUGUGUCUCAUCCACCACCUACAAGCCUACUUCCCACCUUAACCACCACUGCCGAGGUAGCCAUGGCGACCAGUGCUGUGCCAAGUGACAACCUGCCAACAUACAAGCUGGUGGUGGUGGGGGAUGGUGGCGUUGGGAAAAGUGCCCUCACCAUCCAAUUUUUCCAAAAGAUCUUUGUGCCAGACUACGAUCCCACGAUAGAGGACUCGUAUCUUAAACACACAGAGAUCGACGGACAGUGGGCAAUACUGGAUGUGCUGGACACAGCCGGACAGGAGGAGUUCAGUGCGAUGAGGGAGCAGUAUAUGAGGACAGGAGAUGGCUUCCUCAUCGUCUUCUCGGUGACAGACAAGGCCAGCUUUGAACACGUUGACCGAUUCCAUCAACUCAUACUACGGGUCAAAGACAGGGAGGCCUUCCCCAUGGUGCUGGUGGCAAACAAAGUGGACUUGGUCCAUCUGAGAAAGGUCACCUCCGACCAGGGCCAAGAGAUGGCUGCAAAACAUAAUAUAACUUAUAUUGAAACCAGUGCCAAGGAUCCUCCGAUGAAUGUGGACAAAGCCUUUCAUGAACUGGUCCGUGUUAUAAGACAACAGGUCCCAGAGCGAAACCAGAAGAAGAAAAAGAAGAUGAAAUGGAGAGCAGAACGUUCCACAGGUUCUCACAGGUUCCACUGCGCCAUAUUGUGACCUCCCUCAUCCAUCUUUUAUCAUUCUGAACAUACACACACCCAACACGCACACCCACACACCUUCUGGAUGUCAGGGAACUCCCCAGCAGUCGAUAACUACUGGAGCACAAAAGGGAGAGGGGGGGAUCGAUGAAUGAAUGGCUGGACGGAUCCAAGGAGGGAGAAGUGAAUCUGAAAUGUUCAACUGAAGUCCCCUCUGCCCUUCACAACGCCUUGGAACGAGUGUUAUGUCCUCUUUCCUCAAUUUAUGGUCCCCCUUUUGAAGGUUUUUGAUCUCUCUCAUCCGUAUUCAACCCAGAAGUACAGUAACUCUGAACAGUUUCUCAAUCAAGUGUAUUUUUGAAUUCAUUUAUCAAACGUGGCACAAGAUAACAGACUCUGAGGAACCAUGAAAACGAGCCAAUAUCAUCUUGAUAUUGUAAGUUUUGUCUUCAUAAGAAAGGGAAGGAAAAGGGAGGAGUUGGCUCAAAACGGCGCCCCGUGUUUUAUGGACUAACUCCAAAAAAAACCUGCUGGUCAUCACCUUUCUAUCCUCACACUUCCCCUCCUACAACUUCUGGAAAAAAAAAAAAGCACCUGUGUUAUUUCUAGAUUGGUCGUUGUUAGUUCCGUGUUCUCUCUCUCUGCAGAGCGGACAUCAUAAGGGCACAGUGGAUAAAUAUGAGAGUGGUGACAGUGAUUUUUUUUUUUUUUUUUUUUGGGAAACAUAUGAAAAUAGAUGUUGUGCGGUGUUGUCGAUGAGUGAGCUGUGAGUUCUUGCGUGUACCUCGUGGUCAUGUGACGCUCUGGUUUUUGGAAUGUGAGUUCUGACAGGAUGGAAGGACGUGUUGUAGCAAGCGAAAGGAAAUGUGACAUGAUGCUGAGAAAAUGUGUCAUAUCGGUUGACAAGUGAACGCUACGGUCAUAUCAGCUCGUUGAGUAACGUUUAAAAAAAAAAAUUGUAAUUGUGAAGGAGGAGGAGGAAGAUGGGUCGGUGUAUGUGGUUACACUUGUAAACGUAACAGGGUUCAUACCAACACUGACGUGUCAACGGCCAUGUUUACAGACACUCUUAUAAAUUUAUUAUUUUCUCAUCAAAAAGACAGACAGUAUAUCACAGCCACUUUACAUGAAGUGUCUGAAAUUAAUUACGGUUAAUUUAGGUUGCCUCUACAGUCACUGUCUACAGCAUGACGAGUACAAACCUUGAUCAGUGCUGUAUGAACAGUAAUCCUGAUAUUUUUUUAUUUUAUUCUCAGCAGAAUCUUCAAAAACAAGUUACUUUCCAUGUUUUGUUUUUUUUUGUAUCUAAAAAGAAAUAUAGAACAUUAAAGUAUAUUUGUGAUAUAAAAACCAGAUUAUAGGUGGCAAUGUAAACAAAUGUCAUGCUGUUUAACAAAAGGAUCUGUAGGAAACAGUAGAUAAGGGAUAACGAGAGCUACAUGUUUCAGAUCUGAAACAGGCUGGAGACGCUGUUUUGCACUGGCCACUAACCAAAAUAAUGUGAUGUCACUUUAAUACAAGUCUUGGGGCUUUUCAAACUGCACAGCUGAAUUCAGGACUAUGUUCGAAGAUGAAUCACGCUCAGUAAAGGACAAUACUCCUUUUAGAUUGGGGAUAUAUAUAUAUACUGUAGCCCUGGGAAUACGUCAGAGAUUGAAAGCCUUCCUGGAUGAGGCAGUGUGAUGCUCCCAGGGCUCAAAAAGCCAUGUUAACCUAGCUACAGAUGAAGUUUUAGUUGUUGGGGAAACCACACACUCAAAGCAACAAGACAUUCAGUAUAUUCAUGUUUGUAGUCGUGAGGUUGAUAGGAAUGUACAAUUUAAUAACCUAUGAAAUGGCUUGUACUGUUAACGCACUAAAGUUUUGGUGGACAACUUUUUUUGUCUGGACGAAUACUGUCUCUUGAAGGAAUACAUUUUUGCACUUUUAAUACGAUUUCUGACUUUCCUAUUGGCAUGUCGUUUACUUUUCGGAUCUGUAAGAGAAAUGAAAGGCACGGUCAAAACGAUUUGAAUGUAAAAAAAAUCAAAUAACUAAAAACAAGCAAAAGGGAGAUUAGUGUUGUAGCCCUGUGUGCCUGUGUAUGCCUGUUGCCUUGGUGAUGAUUGUAACGAGAUUAAAUAAGUUGGAAUUUAAUCAGUCGAAAGGAAUUGACAGAAAAUAAUUCUAUGUCGCUCAGUUUUGAAAUGAGAUGGUUGAGUGUGGAAAAAAAAACUUCAUUUAUUGAAUGGCACACAAAUUCACCUCAGCAUGAAAGUGGAAAAUCAACCUCAACAAAUGAAGGAAUACAGUAUUAAUCUACAUCUACUGUUAAAGGGACUUCACAAAGAGUUUCCAGAGAAGGACUUAAAAACAUUGAAGUACUGAUCAUUGAGCAAUGAAGCAACAGACUCUGGAUCGUGGGAGAGGAAAAAAAAAAACAAAAAAGGAAAAAAAAAAACAAAAACUGAAUGUGUUUGAAGAAAAUGUUGCAUCAUGUAUGUUUGAUACCAUUUUGUAUUAUUGAUAUGAAUUAUUGAUAUGAUUCUUGCAAAGUGUUUUUUAAACAACGGAAUAAUUUAUUACUGUCUAUGUUACCUCAGCGUGUCCCAGACCUGGACAAAAAAAAUCCCCCCUCCCUAUUUUUUUUUUUUUUUUUUCUUCUGGACUCUUGAUGGGUCAUUGGCCUUUUUGCCUUUGAGCCCCCUUAUGAAGAGACUUGUAAUGUGUCGUGGACCAAGAUGAAGAAACAGAAUAUGAUCCUGAGCUUAAACAGUAUAAGGACCUCUGCUUUACUGGAGCUCAUGUGGAUCGCCUCUCUAGUGAAAAAUAUAACCAUACAAGGGUAAAAAAAAAAAGAGAGAGAGAGUUUGUUGUCCAACUUGUAAUUUUAAAUAUGUUUCAUUGUUCAAUGUGAAAUUCCGUCAAGGAAUAGUUUGACAUUUUGGGAAAUACGCUUAUUCGCUGUCUUACAUAGAGUUGGAUGUCUGUUCGGUUAAGCUGGAGCUAGCAGCCGGUUAGCGUAGCUUAGCAUAAAGACUUGAAACAGAGGGAAACAGCUAGCCUGGCUGGUAGGAGGUAACACAAACCACCUACCAACAACUUUUAAAGCUCACUAAUUAACACAUUAUAUCCUGUUUGCCAUGUAACCGUUUCCUCCUGUUUCCAGUCUUUAUGCUAAGCUAAGCUAACUUAACCGUCUCCUGGCUCCAACUACCUAUUUACUGCACAGACAUGAGAGUGGCAUCAAUGUUCCCAUCUAACUCUGCGCAAGAAAGUGCAGAAGUGUAUUUCCCAAAAUGUACAACUAUUCCUGUAAGCAGACCAAACUCAUGUACCAGCCAGGUGUCUUCUAGUUGACUAUUUGACAGUUUGACAAAUUGGAUUGUUAGAUUUCUUGGAUUAAUCAUCAUGGCUGGUACAAAAAAAAAAACAAAACAAAAAACCUGCUGAUUUGUUGCGUCGUCUUCACAUUUCAGGCAGACCAAAUACAAAUGCUGAAAGUGAAUAAAUUAUACCGAUUAUCUGACCCUGGAUCAUAUGUGAGCUAAAUUGAGCACUUUUGUUUUCAAUUAUUUGAAAGGUAGCUUUCUUUGUCAAAUAGACUCCAAGUAUUGUUGAAGUUAUGCAAAUGAUUUGAGUUGUGUAUGUCCUGAAACAUUGUUAGUAUGUAAAGGGCCAUGUAAACUUUUAAGUUUGUAUUACAAAAAAAAAACAAAAAAACAAACAAAAAAAAAUUGGAGUUGUCACAGCAGUUGUGUAAUGUGUGUUUUUUGGACAGGUCUAUUGUGUUCUAACUGGCUGUGUCAGACUGAGGAGCUAGACGAGGCACAAACUGUGUGGCCUUUUUAUCUAGCCUCAGGGGUCGAUUAUAUUUCAAUAAAGAAAUAAAAAGUAUUGUGACUUUAGACAUAUAA